GCCCGCCCGGGGCCGGCUCCGCAGCGGCGGCCGGAGCUGCAGCCGCCGCCCGCCCGUCGCAGCGCCGGCGCUGCCGCGGUGCCCGGCAGGGAAGAUGGCGCCGUCCCACGUCCUCAAGUGCUGCCAGAAGGUGCUGGCCUGGGUGCCCGUGGCCUUCAUCGCCCUGGUCGUGGCCUGGUCCUACUACGCCUACGUGGUGGAGCUGUGUGUGUUUACUAUUUCUUCAACUGCCGAAAAAGUUGUCUACCUUGUUGUUUUUCAUCUGUCAUUUGUCAUGUUUGUAUGGUCCUAUGGGAAGACAAUUUUCACAUCUCCUGCAACCCCCUCUAAUGAGUUCUGCUUGUCAAAAGCUGAUAAAGAACAAUAUGAAAAAGAAGAGAGACCAGAAUCCCAGCAGGAGAUUUUAAGAAGAGCUGCCAAAGACUUGCCUAUCUAUACGACAACAGCAUCGAGAGCAAUCAGAUACUGUGAUCGAUGCCAGCUGAUCAAACCUGACCGCUGCCACCACUGUUCUGCCUGUGACGUAUGUGUAUUGAAAAUGGACCACCACUGUCCAUGGGUGAAUAAUUGUGUGGGAUUUUCUAACUACAAAUUCUUCCUCCUGUUUUUAAUGUAUUCCUUACUGUACUGUUUGUUUGUUGCUGCUACAGUCUUGCAGUACUUCAUAAAGUUUUGGACAAAUGAAUUGCCAGAUACCCAUGCAAAGUUCCACGUACUAUUCCUUUUCUUUGUGGCAGCCAUGUUCUUCAUCAGCAUACUGUCACUCUUCAGCUACCACUGCUGGCUAGUUGGCAAAAACAGAUCAACUAUAGAAACAUUCCGUGCACCCACAUUUCGAAAUGGUCCUGAUAAAAAUGGCUUUUCUCUUGGAUGCAGCAAAAAUCUAAGGGAGGUUUUUGGAGAUGAAAAGAAGUAUUGGUUACUGCCUAUCUUUACCAGUUUGGGAGAUGGAUGCAAUUUCCCAACUCGUUUGGUGAUUAUGGAUCCAGAACAGCUUGCAGUCUCAAGCCAAAAUGAACCUGCCAAAAGCUCUGUAGCCAAUCAGUCUUUUCCUACUCGACCACUCAGUGAAUCACAAAAUCGGUUGCUAUCUGGUGAUUGUCAGUGGGUGGAAACUGGCCCUGAAGAGGAGAAUGUGAAAUCAGGUGCAAAAAAGCAUAUUAUAGUUUCAUUGGAAAGUUGAUCUCAGCUAAUUACUAACCAACCAUCUCAAUGAGAAACAGGUUUCUGCAACACAUUUUGAGCUUGAAUAUUACUUAAUUUUGUUUGGAAGAAGUUGAGCAGGAAAAAAUGGAACAUAAACAUUUUAGGAAGAGACAAGAAAUUCAAGUUUCUGCACAGUACAAUGGAUUCUUGUAAGCACUAUUGCAGAGCAGGGAAGUUAAGACAGAUGCCUUAAGAUUCUUAAUGUGCAUUUAUGCAACACUGAAUUAUAUACUGCUACCAAAGGGCCAGAUCCAGAAGUGCCCUGCUUGGAUGAACAAGGUCCAGAGUGGGAACUAUGCAUUUCUUUUAUGCUGCAGUGGUGGGGGUAGAUUGCAGAGACUCUUACCUCCUCACGGGCAAACUUCAUACCUUAGGCACUGCAGAAGUCACUUCCAUAGCAGGUCUCCAGAGUACAGAAGGAAAGAAAAAAGGAAAAGGAAGGAAAAAAAACCAAAAAAACCUAGAGUAUGGUCAGCAAGUCUGAAGUGGGAGUAUACAUAGUUCAGAUGCCAGGUGAUGGGGGACUGGAUGAUGUCUUCUAUCUUCCUAUUAACCAGUCUACCCCAUGAUCACAGCUCUCCAAGUCUUUUGGGACUGAGGUUUCCUUCUAGCUGUGCUUUGGAGCUAGGCAAUGCCAACAACAUAAAAGCCUUUAACUUGGGUGUUGCUUUUUUGCUAUAGGAUUGAGCUUCAUUGAGCUUCCUCAUCAUUUUAACUUGAUUUAUUUAACCAUACCAAGGACAGAGCUCAAAGAAGAAAACUUGGGUUUUAGUUGAAAAAAAGAUGGAUUAUUACUUUCCAACAAUUGUCAGUCAGCAUACAAGGAAAAGACAGUCCAAAAAGGAAUUAACAGUUCUUACAUUUUCUGUUACAGUUUGUUGUGUUCUGUGUAAGGCAGCAACAAAAUGGUAAAGUACCCCUGAGAAAAAUCAUAUUGCAGUUGUGUGUUUCUGGAAAACAGAACCGGCAGAGUACUGCUUUUUCCAUGGGACUCUUGAUGGUUUAUAAAUACUGUUUUAUACUUUUGUUUUAUCUUUUUAAUAAAGGCACAAGGUUUUAUUGGUUCUAAAGUACAAAUAUCAGGUACUUACGAGAAGAUUAGUGUUAGAUCAUAGAUCUGUGUUAGCACACUGAAAAAUUGCAUCCUUUAGUCUCCCACUUUCAAGUCCAGUUUACGUGAUGCUGAAAUUGCUAAAGACUGAUGGCUUUGUGCAGCAAUGUACCUGCUUACAAAAGGCAAAAUGUGUUUCCUGUGUGAGGAAUCAAGUCCAUCCCAUCCUUAGCUCAAGACCUACCGCAAACAACAUGGGGUUUUUUUUUUCCUCACUUCUCUACAGAGAAGACUGCUAACUCAUCUUUGGGUGGCAUUGGAAUUUUGCACCUGGAAAAAGUGACAAAUACUAUUUUUCUGUCUGUAAGAUUUCUGAUGUUCAGCUGCUGCUGAUUAUAAAUAGACAUGAGCCCUUUUGAUACAGACUGAAGGUAGUAGUCAAAUUGAUGAUCUAGUCCAAAAGAACAUGUUUGGUUUGUCUCCCAGACUGAUUGCUACUUGAGUUAAAUAUGUUUAUGAUGGAAAUACUAAGGUAUCAAGUAUACUGUAAGGUUUAAAAUAAGUAUUUUUUGUCUUUGGAUAUAAUAAAUUUUUCUUAAAUAUUAAUCUUCUGGAACAAGAACUCUUUGAGAACUUAUGAUUUCACUGUUGGAUAUUCUUGAGACAGAAGCAAUGGUCCAAACUUGCAUGUUUUAUAAAAGUUGCAGAAUGUUUCUUCAAACUUUGUACAAGAAAUUUUGCAUUUGCUAAUUCCAAAACCAUUUGCUACACAUUGAUCUGAAAGAUUUAGCUUUUUCUUCUCAAAUGUUAAGUGAGAAGUGCCCAUCCUAACAUAAGCUCUCAGCAGUAUUGCACCAGCAAAAUUUCUUGGGGAAGAUAACAGAGAAGGAAGCCUGCAUGUUCAAGUGGCUUGUUCUGAAUACCAAAAUUUGCAGCCCCAACACUGGUGGAACUGUCAUGGAGGGCGUGGGACAUCAUCUGGUUUUUACUGCAUCUAUGUAUUAUAGCUGAAAUAACACGUCCAUGCACAGACAUCAUCUAGCAGAACUAUAAGCAAAAUGUGUGUCAGAAUCCUAAGUAUCACUGAACUCAGCAUUAUGGUCUUUGCUCCCCCCACCUGCUCCCCAAAGUGCUUCAUAUGCCCCCCAUGAAUGUAUGUAUCCUGUAGGCCAGCAUCAGGAGAAGUUGUUUGAUUUCUUUAGUCAGGAUAGUGAAUUUACAAGAAAAACUGCAAGUAAACAGACUGUGCUAUCUCCAUGUGCAUUUUCUAAUAAGUACUGCUCUUCUGAAACCACUUAUUUGUAUGUCUGAUGGACAUUUUCAUGGCUUUUCAUGAAGAACUGACAUUGCUGACAUGUUUAUGCAGAUCACAGGAAUAUUUUGUCCUAGAUUUUUCUUCGUAUUUUAGAUGAGAAAAGGAGAGCAGUACUUUUAGGAUAAUCCUGAGGCCAGAGUUACUGUUGGUGUAAAAGCAGACAUUACUACUUUCACAAAUACAAAACGUAGUAAAAUGAUUGAAAGAUGAUUCUUCCACAUUCACCACCCCGAACCCCUUUUGUUUUUUUCGCCUGGGGAGCUGGGAACUAAGAGAAACACCAGACUGAUUUAAAGGAAUUAAGUUCUCUAAGGGAAUUGUACUGCUGAACUCCAAGGGCAUGCCAGCAAGUGGGAUGGAGGGGUUAGGUUUUCCUGGCAGGCUUGGGCUUUGGGGGAGGUAUCAUGGCUAAGACAGCCAGGAUGACAUCCUCUGCCUUUGGAUUCUGUCCUGAGUGCUCCCUAGGCUGUGCUGUGCCAGGAAGUCCAUGAGGGAGCAGGAUGGUUCUUUGGCUGUUGGGCUGCAAGCAGCCAUACAUGUCCCUGCUAGCAGAGGCAGGGGCUGCAGGAAGGGGGUACUUUUGGCCCAUGGUCAGGAGAUCACAAGGGGGAUGGAUCCUGAGAAAACAACUGUUUAGGGUGUUGGGCUGUAUUGUUAAUGCUGGUGUUGUGGUUUAGCCUACUCUGUACCAGGGAGUCUUGAAAAUACCUAGGUUGUCAUUAAAAAUAGCUGUCCUUAAGCUUUUAGAUCCAUGAAAGUAAUGACUACUACAAGCCAUAGCUGACAUUGGCUGUGAUUAGAAACUGCUGUCUUGUUUCUUUCUGCUUUUCUCUUUAAAAAAAAAAAAAA